AUGCCACAAAUAAAGUCGAUCUUCUAUAGAGUAGUUAACCGUGUUUUGAUGCCAGUUGAAUUCAUUCUCCAUUUUCAAUGCUGUGAUGGAAGUCAGCGUCUAUGUGUUUCUCGAAAAUACAGGUAUUUGGCGAAGGCCUCAACCCUUUUAUUAUCUCCAUCACCCAAAAAUGAAACAGACGAACAAGAGCAGUGCACAAGGUUGCCACAAUCAAAGCCACCUCACACCGAUGAAGGUGGUCAGCAUCCUUUAACUGCAGACGCAGCUCCACCGCAAGAGGAAGCAUCGAAUACACCUACAGGUGAAAAGCUCUUGUCAGCUGCAUUCACAGAUCCAUCGCAAGUAGAACUAGUGGAUCUAGUACUUAAAGAACAGCACCUGUUGAAUCAAUUAACAUAUUUGUUUAGGAUGCCCUCAGCAUCACAAGGAGUGCGGUGUGUGGGGUUAAAGCCAUUUUCUGUGGAUCAGUUUUUGGGUCUGAUUAGCACCAACUCUAUGACUGAUAAGAGGAGCAAAUUCCGGAGAAGACUAUUAUCAAAAAUUAAUUUACGAUUUUGUUUGAUCUACUGUACACGAUUUGGUCCACUUUCACCAUCUACUUUAAACUCAGCCACUACACUGGUUCUCGCCAACCAGUUACAAGCCACUCUUUUCCCACAGUUAACUUCUCCAGUCAGGAUGGAAGUUGUCAAACUUUUGACAAGUCAAACAUUUAAUCGUUUAUCAUUUCACAGACAUUCCCGUUCAACCUCGUCUGAGUUGUCAUCCACGAACAAGGCUCAUGAGCUAAAGUUGUGGGUUAUAAGCACGAUCAAUCCACAUAUGCAAGUUCUAAAAGCGCUUUUAGCUUUAAAAGUAGAAUUGCACUAUCCAUGGGGCGUGGAGCUUCAAGACAAGAGCGGUAGAGUAAUUAAAUUCGUACCAUGUGUCGGCUGCCAGGAGUGCAAAAGUAGUGCUGCCAUUUUUUGA